AAGUUACAGGCAGAGUGUUUUGGAGGUAAAUACCUUCAAGGUGUGGUGUGUGCGGACUUAUUUCUAAGUGGCAAAGGCUCUCUACAAGCUUGACAACAAUGGGAAAAACGAAGGGCACAGAGGCUCCAGCAGAUGCAUGCCCAGCGCCAAAGCGAAAGUCUCCACGAUUGUUAGCUAAAGAGGCAGAAACUAAAACAGAGACGGAAACUAAACCACAGCCAACAAAGAACGCGCCUAAGAACCAAAAUGUGAAGGAGGUGCCCAAGGGCAAACCAGAACAGAAGAAAGAGGAACCUCAGGAUGAAAAACAAGAGGACCCUGCUGAAAAUGGGGAGGCCAAAGUUGAAGAGGCGGCUGCAGCAGAUGGAAAGAAGGAUAAGACCGAAGCGGAUAAAACAGAUGAGUAGAAUUGCCUCAACUCAUCUGCCUGUGCACACCUGUACCUUCUUUAAUGUCAAGUGCACAUCCUGUUUUCAACUGCUAAUAUUUGGGACAGCAGCAUUUUUAGGGACAUGAAUGCAGACAUUGCUUUUUUUUUUUUCUUCCAACCCCAUUGAAUUUCAUGGCUCUUGUGAAGGGAAUGUUUUGACCUUUGUGUCGGGUUUUAUUUCCCCUUUAUUUUCCUCCCUCAUCAGCUUCUUAUUUGGAUUUUUAGGCUGUUGUCUUCAAUCUUCAUCAGAAAUCUGAUGUAAAACUAUGAGUUAACAUGGAACUUCUCAAAGGGUUUUUAAAACUAUACUGUUUUUAACAAUCUGUAAAACACAAUCACUUUGGUUGUUAAAAUGAAUGUUUGAACGUGUUUUAUGGAAUUAUUAUUAUUUUCUCAACUGUAAAAUCAUGAUUUUUGGUCCUAGAGUGCCGCGCAUGAUUGUGUUUGUUGCAUCUUCAGAACAUGUGCACGGGUACAGUUUGAAAUUUGUCCUUUUCAACAACAA